UCCCUCGGUGACCGGAAGGGGCGGGGCGAGUGCUUCAGACGGCGUCUCUUUGCCCUUCAAGAUGGCGUCGUCCUCGGGGCACGAAUAUCGCCCGGCGCCGUUGGCCUCGUUGCCGCCGCAGCUGGACCCGGCCCAGUACGACGUCUCGCCGGAACAGCGCCGCGCCGAGGCCGAGCGCCUGGCCCUCCGCGCCCGCCUGAAGCGCCACUACCUCCUCCAGCUCAACGACCCCCGCCGGACCCAGCUGAUCGAUGACCCUGCCAUGACUCGCUGGACUUAUGCCCGAACACACAAUAUCUAUCCCAAUUUCCGUCCCACACCCAAAACUUCCCUGAUGGGUGCUCUUUUUGGUUUAGGACCCAUUUUUUUCUGGUGGUAUGUCAUCAAAAAGGAAAGGGAUUAUAAAGAGAAGCUCAUACAGGAAGGCAAGUAUGAGCGACCAUUUCGUAUUGCCUAUUAAGCCCCAACAACUGUGUGGCGAAAAUGCUGCUGCUCUGCUUACUCUCUCUAAGAACUGUUCUUCUUUCAAAAUAAAUCUUAUUGAUUUGAAA